GUUCACAGGUUCCAUGCUAAGGGUUUACGAUUUGGGAACUAUCUCUUAUCAAUCGACAAACUUUGCCGAACUUGCCCAACUUUGGACUGAGAAGAAGAAUUAUCACUGAAUCCAACCUGAUACAUUUAAAGUAUGUUUGAGAAAGUAAACUCUUUGAUAAAAAGGAAUAUUCAUCGAUAUAUUUAUAAGAUGAACAAGGCAUAUUUAAGACGGAUAAAUGAAAUCGACCAGUUCCAAUUAAGUUUUGAAUACAGCAAGGAACUUGGAAAUGUUAAGCGGAGCUUCAACUUUUCCAGAAGUCUUUCUGAAAAUGUGGAGAGUCUAUUAAACAGAAUUAGUACAAAUGUUAGUAAAAAACUUUAUAAAAAAAGAAAUAAAAAAUCUGAAACGUCUUCAGAAAUUGUUGAAACAUCGCUCCUGGUUAAUAGUGAAGAAAUUUCAAGUUCCAGUAUUUGCAAAGAUGUGUUUGUUCCGGAAAAUAACAUAAUAUUGUCAAUCAAUGGCAAAUCGUACCAGGUAUUGAUAAAUUCUCCAUGGAUAGAAUCAUUAAGCUUGCCUAAUUCCCUUCUAGCAACUUUUCCUGUUUAUCCCUCAAAAUUUGAAACAGUAUUUACAGAUAUUUCUUUAAGCCAAUAUGUUUGGUCAAAAUCUAAAGAUAAAAUACAUUGGUUAGAAGUUGCCUGUUCAUAUAUAUAUAUACCCAAGAAUGAAGAUAUUGAUAACUAUCUUAAACUGAGCUGCACUCCAGUUAAAAAUAAUUUUGAAGGUCCAGCAGUAGAAAUUGUUUCAAAUUGUAAGGUGGAAGCAAGUCCCGGCCAUUGUCCUUUUGAGAGAAGGCACAGAUUCACAAAAACAAGGUUGCAGAAUAAACAGUUUCGUGUAGUGACAUAUAAUAUACUUGCAGACCUCUACUGCGAUUCAGAUUUUAGUAGGGAAGUUUUAUUCCCAUACUGUCCAGCUGAUGCAUUAAAUAUUGACUACAGAAAACAAUUAAUACUCAAAGAACUAAUUGGUUAUAAUGCAGAUUGUAUAUGUCUGCAAGAGGUUGAUAGGAAAGUUUAUAAAUAUGAUCUGCACCCAAUAUUAUCACAUUUGGGAUACAAAAGUAAUUUUCAUCUUAAAGGAGAUGAGGUGGCAGAAGGCUUAGCGUUUUUCUACAACGAAAAACGCUUCAAACUUCUAGAAUCUGAAAGUUUUAUUUUUUCCGAUCAUAUAGAUAAAAAUGAGUUAUUCUCAGAUAUUUGGACAAGAAUUGAAACAAAUUCGCAAUUGAAGCAGAGAAUCUUAAACCGAACAACCACUUUGCAAAUAAAUAUAAUAAAGUCUCUUGAGCAGAAUGAAAUAUUAGUAGUGGGCAAUAUACACCUAUAUUUUCACCCAGAUGCAGAUCACAUAAGACUUUUGCAAGGAGGAUUGGCCAUUAAAUAUUUGGAACAUACUGUCCUAAAUUUGAGAAAACAAUACGAUAAAGAAAGGGUAUCUUUAAUAUUUUGUGGUGAUUUUAACAGUGUGCCUUCUUGUGGAAUAUACAUGCUAUAUACAACUGGUUCAGUUCCAGGAAAUUACAUUGAUUAUUCUAGUAAUAAAGAUGAAGCGAUAGAAAACAUUGACAUGAAGCACAGUCUUCAGCUGGAAAGUGCUUGUGGUACUCCAAAAUAUACAAAUUUUACAGCUGGUUUUGCAGAUUGUCUGGACUACAUUUUUAUAGAAAAAACUAAUAUUGGCAUUUCACAAGUGAUUCCAUUACCUAGUGAUGAAGAACUGACUCAACAUACAGCUAUUCCUAGUAUAGUGUGUCCAUCAGAUCAUAUAGCUCUAAUUUCAGACUUAGAGUGGUUAUAACAUUUACAUUUUUUAGAAACUAUCUAAUUGUACUUAUAAUGUUUAAUGAUUCAUUGCAAUAAAUGUAUGUUUUUUUUUCUUUUUUUAGUCUUACUAAGGUGCC